CCCCUUAGAUCUUGACUAGUAAAGCGCUCAAUGAAAGAACAGCGUUGCAAGCGUUUGAAUAACCGAUUCCAAAAUACUUCCUGCUUUGCGAAAAAAAAGUCAAGAACAUUUUUUCACGAAAGAAGCAAAGGACCAUGGGAUACAUUACAUCAGCUGAGAGCAUCAAGCUUACCUUUCCAUGAUAAGCAUUCAUUGUGACAUAGUUUUUAUUUUGUGGUUGUGACAUCUAUAAGGUGUAAGAAAAAUGAGUCGCGAGGGGAAGGAAAUUUUGAUGGACUUCAUGUUAAAGAGGGCAAUGAACAAAGGAACAGUAUUUACGUCACAGAGUUAUAAGGAACGAUGGUUUCAGCUCACUGACAGUAGCCUCACAUAUUACAGUGGAACUUUAGCUAAAAGAUCAAAAGCAAAGGGUACUAUAUGUUUGAAUAAUGUAAAAACAGUGGAAACUGUGGAAGAUGGAAAGCUGGAUGAUAAAAGCAAUGUUUUUCAGAUAAUGCACAGAACAGAAAAGGGGGAAGGUUAUUACACUUUAUACAUUGUUGCUCAGAGUGCGGAGCAACAGAAGAAAUGGGUUGAUACCUUAAAACAAACUAUUAAAGAACUUGGUGUAACAUUUCUACCUAAGUACCACACUGGUGUAUGGACAAAGACUCUAGGACAUUACAACUGUUGUGAUCAGAUAGAUAGAAAUGCCCCAGGCUGUCAGAUGAUACCUGAUGAUGGGUCAGCAGCAGGACAAAACAGUGCCCCACGUUCUAAUUUACCACCUCUACCGGAUAUACCUGGACAAGCUAAGACCAAUGGUACCGGAGGUAAUAGGCCGGUUCCUGCGCCAAGACCACCGAAGAGGGAGAAGGAGAAAGAUCGGGAGAAGAAAAUGUAUAUUGCAGCUUACGAUUAUAAACCAUGUGAAGAAGGGGAUCUAGAAUUAGUCACGGGUUCAGAGUAUGAAGUAUUAGAUGACAGCAGGGAUCAUUGGUGGUUAGCUAAAAAUAUGUCUGGAGAGAAAGGUUUUAUCCCGGCAAACUAUGUGAAAAAGAAGUUUGAUUUAGAAAUUUAUGAAUGGUACUAUAAAGGUGUGACACGCGAGAGAAGUGAACAAAUACUGAAAUCUGAGUCACGGGAAGGGUGCUUUAUGGUACGAGACUCAAGCACUCCGGGAAUGUAUACUUUGUCCAUAUACACUACAGAAACGAGGCAAAGUAUGCCCAGUGCUAGUCGAGAUGGAGUGGUACGUCACUACCAUAUUAAGAAGAACGAUCAAGACAAGUUUUAUCUUGCGGAGAAACACGCAUUUGUAACAAUACCUGAUUUAAUCUACUACCAUAAACACAAUGCUGGUGGAAUAGCUACAAGACUAAGAGCGCCACCUACAAAGAACAAGAGCGCCCCGGUGACUGCAGGAUUCGGUCAUAGUAAAUGGGAGCUAGACAGGAAUGACUUAGAAUUAUUUGAUGUGCUUGGGUCAGGUUGCUUUGGUACUGUACAUAAAGGUAAAUGGAAUGGUAGAGUAGUGGCAGGUAAGAUGAUGAAAGAAAGGACCAUGUCAGAGGAUGCUUUCUUAGAGGAGGCCAAAACUAUGACUCAACUCAGUCAUCCCAAUCUAGUACAGUUGUAUGGUGUAGUAACUAAAUCCAAACCUUUAAUUAUAGUCACUGAAUUGAUGCAAUAUGGCGCCCUAUUGACAUAUUUAAAACGUCACAAACAUGGAUUAUUAAACAAAAUUGGAACACUUGUUGACAUGUGUAUACAAGUGUGUAGUGGAAUGGAAUAUUUAGAAAGCCGUAGUUUCAUACAUAGAGACUUAGCAGCAAGAAAUUGUUUAGUAGGAGAUAGCCAAAUAAUCAAGGUGGCAGACUUUGGAUUAGCCAGAUAUGUAAUAGAUGAUGAAUAUACUAGUUCUACGGGAACAAAGUUCCCUGUGAAAUGGGCACCACCAGAAGUUCUCAGUUAUACCAGGUUCAGUAGCAAAUCAGAUGUAUGGGCAUUUG